UGAAUCUCGCAGUGAUGGAGCUCAGAGUGGCUUGUUUUCGCGCUCGCCGGAGAUAAAGUGAUUUUAAGGAGAAAUGCGGCGUGUUUCCUGUGCUGCUGAUUUCACACACCGCCAGACCUGAGCUCACAUUGAGACGAGGAGCGGCGCUGGGAAGUUUAAUGUUUCUCAAGAGCGAAGGAAACAGUCCUCCGAACAUCUGAGGAAAUUUCACCGUCUGGUUUUGGCGCAAAGAAUUAGGAUGACCUACAAAUGGUUUCUGUUUCUCCCCGGUGGGCUCAUGCUCCUGAUCUAGGGUGGGGGGGGCAUCGCCCCGUUCUGCCAUGAAAGGCUACACCCCCCAGCGCACCCGCCCCCUGUCCGACUGCGAGCCGCCCCGUUCUCCCAGUCGCCAGGACCCUCUGUACCCCCCGUCUGCCUCCUCCACCCUGUCUCAUGCCCCGUUUCUCCUCCCAGCAGCCAUGGAGCAUUACGGAACCCUGGACCCUCACCACUUCUCCCCGUCGCCCGACUGCCUGAUGCCCCUCAACAACCAGCUGUCCUCCAGCAGCACCUUCCCCCGGAUCCACUACAACUCGCACUUCGAUCAGGGCGACUUCGGUCACACAGCCGACAGCAUCGGGGAAAUCAGCUCCGGGACGCUGGGGACAUCUAUGUCCAUGGGAAUGGGUCUCGGAGUGGGACGGACCGCCAUGAUCACCAGCGGAUCCGCAACUAUAUCGGGGGCAGGGAAGAUGAACCGGUUGCCACCCAACCUCCUGGACCAGUUCGAGAAACAGUUGCCAGGGCAACAGGAUGGCUUCAGCACGUUACAGUUCCAUCGCAGCACCGCGGUGACGACGACCAAACAGCAGCAACAGCAGCGCACGGACAGUCCGGGAAAAAUACGCUACUUAGUUCAUUCCGUCCAGAAACUGUUCGCUAAAUCCCAGUCGCUGGAAAACUCCGCCAUUAAGGGAAACAUGAACGGCCGCAACAGCAGAUCGUCGAGCAGCGAUGACAAACACCAUCGGAGCAAAAGCAAAGACCGGGCAAAGAGCGAAGGAACGGCCAAACGGAGGCCUCGAUCCAAUAUGUCUGGAUACUGGAGUUCUGAUGAUUUGGACAGUGAUAUAAGUAACUAUAGGAACCCAAAGGCCAUGAUGACUUUGGGUCGGCAAGGGGUGGGAUCCGGACCGGGGCCGGGUGGACAGGUGGCAUCCAGGUACUUCAUGCAGGGCUACAGCACCAUGAGCGAGCACAUGCUGAAAUCCUCAAAGAGUAACAGUGACCUGAAGCACCAGGGGCUCCCUGCACUCCCGGGACCUGGUGGCGGCAGUGGAGGUGGUGGGGGGGUCGGAGGAGGCCGAGAGCCGAUGUUUGACGGGAACUUUGGUAAAGGGGGACCCUGGUCCACGCUUACGUUAGGACCCACCAGACAGGUGUGCCAGAAGGGCUCGGCCACACUGGAUCGCACCCUGCUGAAGUCCAAAUCUGUCCAGCAGGAUAUGGGCUGCCACUUCCUGCAGGUGCACGGGAGGAUGCCGUCCACCGGCGACUGGACGGGGACUCUGGGCCGAAGCGGGCCCAUGGGCGAGAUCCCCUGUAGACGAAUGCGUAGCGGCAGUUACGUCAAAGCCAUGGGCGACCUUGAGGAUAGCGACGACUCCGACGGGAGUCCCAAACCCUCGCCGAAAUGUGCCGCACGGAGGCAGAGCUACUUACGCGCAACACAGCAAUCACUAAGUGACCAGUUCCCCUCAAGAAACUGUCUUCCUUCUCUGCGAGAGUACUCUGGGAAUCGCAGUCUGGAUAACCUGGACUGCAUCGGAGGCAGUUCUCCGUUCCCAAACUGGGAUGAUGACGACUUCAGUCAGGGCUGCAGCACGCUGGGACGCGGCAGCUGCAUAAGUCAGGUGCGAGACAUGGAGUUGAGCCAGCAUUAUGGAGAUGAGCUGGAAGACAUGCAUCCUCACUCACGAUGCAGCGAUCCUCCUGACAUGCCCAUGCCCACAUGCUUCCGCUCCCGAAGCCAUAGUUACCUUCGUGCCAUUCAGGCCGGCUGUUCUCAAGACGACGACACGGCGUCAGUGGAUUCUGAUUCACCGCCGCCCACGACCACAACGACCGUACGCACCUACAGAAACAGCACCGUCUCCACAUGUAUGACCUCCUGUAAGAGGGUGGCUCCUCCUCCUGUUCCCCCUCGAACCACCUCCAAACCCUUCAUCUCCGUCACCGUGCAGAGCAGCACCGAGUCUGCACAGGACUGCUACCCAGACCACCACGACCGCAAGAGCGAGGUCAACAGCCAAUCAGGACGCAGCAACUCCUCCGACAGCCUCGACAGCCUGGCCAAAGGGUCACGACCCCAGCUUCCUGUAGCGCCGCCCCGUGAACCCCAGAUCCCAGCGGCUGUGGUCAUCUCUCCCAACCCGCUCCGAGAGUCCCAUCAUGAGCAGGUGAAGGCUGCAGACGAACGCCCUUUAGACCUCGUCCCGAGACGGAAACUCUCCUCCAUUGGGAUUCAAGUCGACUGUAUUCAGGAAAUCCAGGCUAAAGAAGAGACGCCACCAUUGGCCAGAUUCCAGUCGAUCGGCGUUCAAGUGGAGGACGGCUGGACUUUCAGCCGCUCCAGUAGUAUGGCCUCUCGGCAAGAGACGGACUCAGACACGCAAGAUCUCUCGCUCACAUCGCUGACGUUCCCAUCCAACUCCAAACACACCGAGAAGAAAGUCAUGGUCAACAGCGCCAGCCAAUCGGUGGACUCUCCUCCGCAGCUCUUCCUCGACAACGGUAACCAUGACAACGAUGUCGCUGUGACGACCAGCGGCCCCUCCCGACAGAUCCUGACCCAUCGCUCGACCACACAGAGCAGCUCCUCGUCCUUCUCCGAGAGUCUGGAUCCGGCCCUCGACCCGUCAUCCCUCCCGCCGCCUGACCCCUGGCUGGAGAGCGGGAACGGGCCCGGGAACGGGGGCCCCACCCAGCCGCUGACGGGGGCCACAGCGUGCCGGCGGGACGGUCACUGGUUCCUGAAACUCCUGCAGGCCGAGACGGGCCGGAUGGAGGGCUGGUGCAGUCAGAUGGAGAAAGAGACCAGUGAGCACCAGCUCUCAGAGGAGGGUAAGACCACAUGUGUGGACCUCGAUUUGUCUGUGAUUGGCUACAAUGAUCAUUGCUUCACGCUCUUCAUCGAGCGCUUACACAGAUGCACACGGGAGCGUUUAUCAGCGGAUCCGUCUAUGAGCAGAUAUAUUAGGGAUCCGCAGAGAGACAAUGUGAACGCAAACCCGAGACCCACGGCUCAAGAUCUGGCCGGGUUUUGGGAUCUUCUUCAGCUCUCAAUAGAAGACAUCAGCCUCAAGUUUGACGAGCUUUAUCAUCUCAAAUCAAACGACUGGAAGCUGGAAGGAGACUUGCCGGAGAAGCAGCCGCGUGACGUUCAGGAGAACCAGAAACAGGCUCCUCCGGUGCCCAAGAAGCCUGGGAAGAGUAAACCCGGCCCGGGCCGAGAGAAGAGCAACGACGCAGUGGACAAACAGAGACAGGAGGCUCGCAAGCGGCUCAUGGCGGCCAAGAGAGCUCAGUCGGUCAAACAGAACUCAACCACCGAGAGUGCCGACAGCAUCGAGAUCUACGUGCCCGAGGCGCAGACGCGGCUCUGAGGAGACGCACACCAAACACGCUCAAGGGCUCCAGCGUCACACACACAAUACGAACAGCUGCUUUUGUCUUUUGACGCCGAUGUUUAAUAAACGCAGGUGACGGAAAUGACGCGGUGCGAACGGAACACUUUUUUUUGGGACUGCCAAGGAAAACCUCACAACGAAUCUUAAUCGUUGCAAUUAAUAAUAUCUAGUGCUGUCAAACGAUU